GCUGCUAUAUUUUGAUCGAAAUGAGUAGUCAGGCGGUGUACUUCCUCUCAUCAACAAGUUUCCUGCGUCUAACAGUUGUGCCAGAUUAACUGCCAUCAACACACAAGGGAAGUUGCACAUGCUUCUUGAGGUGGAAAAACAACCAUGAAUGACUCACAGGUCAACGCCAAAAUGGACAAUGCCACCUUGGCCAUGUUUGACAACAAACUGGCCGGUGAAAUUGUGUCAGCCAUCUAUGUCAUCGUGACCCUUGCCAACCUGAGUGGUAACGGAAUCUCUCUGUUUCUGUUACUGAUGCGCACCUCUCCGAAAACCCCCUCCAUCAUCUUUAUGAUCAACCUCACCCUUACUGACCUGAUACUGGGCACUGUGCUCCCCUUUCAGAUCGCGUACCAAAUGCAGGGCUACAACUGGACUUUGGGUACAAGCAUGUGCAAUGUACUGACAGUGGUUUUCUAUGCCAACAUGUACAGCUCCAUUUUAUUCAUGACUGCUAUUAGCGCCGACCGCUACCUGGGGAUUGUGAAACCGAUGCUCUUCAGAGAGAUGAGGAAGAGAAAAACAUAUGCAAUUGGUGCUUGUAUAUUCAUAUGGCUGCUAGUCCUUGUGAUUCUGAAUCCGCUGGAACGCAAAGAUCUGACAUAUGAAGUAAAGGAGCGCAAUAUCGUCACAUGUUUUGAUGUGUUGAGAAAGGACAUGCUCCCAGGCAUUGCUCACUGGGCGGGCUUCCUUUUUGGCUUGUUCAUCAUCCUCUUCCUCUGUCCGUUCAUCAUAACAGUGUAUUGCUACAUUAACAUCAUCUACGUCCUAGUCAGAAAGACCAACAGUCAUCAGAAAGGCCGUGCUGUGCGGUUAGCGUGCAUCGUUCUGUUCGUGUACAUUUUUUGUUUUGCUCCCAAUAACAUAUUACUCUUGGCCCACUCAAUCGCAAGGCUGUACUACGACAAGUCUCUCUAUAUCUACUAUAAACUCUCCCUGUCUCUUAGCUGCAUUAAUAGUUGCCUAGAUCCAUUUAUUUAUUAUUUUGCAUCGAAAGAGUUUCGUCGGAAGCUGAGGCAAAUGCUGAGGUUGCAAACCCUCAGUACGGGAGAGACGCAAAUGAUUGAGGGUCGAAGAGAAAGCUUAUUCUCUGGCCGUACAACGAACAAUGCAACUGAAGACUGUGACAACUUUUAACAUUUCUUUUGGAAAUGUUAAAAGUCAGGAAAAUGUCAUGAUUCAGAUUUGCAGCGGUCACAUGAGCACUGUUAAAUGAGUCAGAGCACAAGCUCUAACCGCUAGACCACAGCUCUGAUACAAUUCCUAGUGUUUAUAAAAAAUAUAUUCGUUAAUGCUAACUCAUAGUAAGGGUCACUUCCUAUAUAUUGGUUUGUUGUUAUUGUUUUGUAGCAUUUAGCUUUGGUUCUGCUUUGAUUUCCUGGAAAAGCACGCUGCUCACAUGCAUUCAGGCAACGUGAUGUUGUGUACCUUUUUUUUUUUUUUUUUUUUGGUAUCAGACUAACCAAGUUCCUACUCACUGAAACUUUGACAUAUUUCUUUUGAACACUGAUGUGUGGUUACACUUAGCAGCGACUUCAAUAUUUUUUGAUUUGACUUAAUGUGGCAGCUAUUUUAGAUGUAUUGCUAACCCAUAAAUUGUUUUUAUACUGUAAAAUAUGCAGUUAAUGUUCAGUUAUUUUCUAUGAACCAAAGUGUUUUAAUAUUUAUUUUACUUAAGCUGUGUAUAAUGUGCCUGUAUUAUUACAUUCUAAUUCAUUGUUAUAUGUUUGUAAUUUGUUUUCAUCGCUGGGCAUUAUUCUUCUGUGGUAACAAUGUAUACAAAGUCAUACAAGGCAUUUAUUUUCUCAUGUUAUAAUUAAUAAAUACAUCUGAACAAAC